AUGAGCGUGACAAAGAAGUUAAAACUGACUGAGGCGAACAUCGAAACGAACUUGACCCAGAAUGCGGAUUUCAGGCACGCAGAAUUCCCUGACCCUCCCAAGAAACAUAGAGGGAAGAGCGGAGACCGUUGGACUCGCCUGGGGCUCGGAGGGGGGAUGGACGGGGUCGUGCUGGUUGCGUCUCUCUUGCUUCUUCCCUUCGCCGUCGGGGAGACAGCGAAGGAGGCGGUUACGUGCUCGGAGGAUACCGAUUGCAAGGAUUUCUCUGAGAAGAGCGUCUGCAUCCGAGAUGAAAACGAUCGGUGCCAUUGCGCAUCGGCACAGGCAGCAGGCGACACGAAGAUUGGAGUCAGGAAGUGCGGAUUCGACGUGUACGUUCGGCAUGAAUCUUCUCCUUAUGUGAAAUUGGCUGAGAUCUGGCUCAUCGGCUGA